GCGCCCCCGUGAGGCCGGAGCCGCCGCCUGCCUGCCCGCCCGCGCCGCUGCCGGUGCCGGUGCCCGUGACGAGCAGCAGGGAGGUCGUGCCGCCCAUCCGCGGGCGCUCCGGCCCCGCCGGGCCGUUUUUAAGCCCCCGCGAGCGGGAGGGAAGUUGUUCCCCCCCCAGCCCCCGCCGCUGCCCCUGCCCGCCCUCCCCUCGGUUCCUGCGCCGGGAGUGAGACAAGCACAACCUCAGGGAGACCCGGCCCUGCGCACAGACACCGGCGGUCCCCCCCGCCGCAGCCCUGGAGGAGGAAGCCGGCCCCUUCCCUCGUCCUGCAGCGCCGGGAGCCUUCGGACCCUCCGUGUGCCCGGCAGGCACCUGUCCCGCCUGGAGGCAGCUCUCAUGGACUAACCGGCCCCCUCCGCCUCAAGUACAUUCUGUGGACACAAGCAUUUUUUAACUCUUUUAAGAACUUUUUUUUUUUCCCCGUGGAAUUUUUACGAGCUGCCCCUUAGUUAUUUCCUGCUUUUCCCACCUCAGACAGCGCUGACUUUGUUUUUUCCUGGUACUGUAGUAUGGGGAUCAAAUCAAAAUCGAGAUUUUAAGCAUUGCAASGGCUCUCAAGUCCAUUCACCUGUUAAAAGUCAGCAGUGCUGUUUCUGUCUUUCUUCUUUUUCCCCACGUCGCCUGGCGGAUGUGAUGGAACUCAUGUUCGCAGAGUGGGAGGACGGGGAGAGGUUUUCAUUUGAAGACUCUGAUCGCUUUGAAGAAGACUCUCUUUGUUCCUUCAUCUCUGAGGCAGAGAGCCUUUGCCAGAACUGGAGAGGAUGGAGGAAGCAAUCGGCUGGACCCAAUUCCCCCACUGUCAAAAUGAAAGAUGGGCUGGUGAUCCCAUUGGUGGAACUCUCUGCAAAACAGGUUGCAUUUCACAUUCCAUUYGAGGUGGUGGAGAAAGUUUAUCCUCCAGUGCCUGAGCAACUACAACUUCGAAUYGCCUUCUGGAGUUUCCCAGAAAAUGAGGAAGAUAUCAGGUUGUACUCGUGCUUGGCGAAUGGCAGUGCAGAUGAGUUCCAGCGAGGGGAGCAGCUCUUUCGGGUGAGGGCUGUCAAAGACCCUCUCCAGAUAGGCUUCCAUCUGAGUGCCACGGUGGUGCCCCCGCAGAUGGUGCCCCCCAAGGGCGCGUACAACGUGGCGGUGAUGUUUGACCGGUGCCGGAUCACAUCGUGCAGCUGCACCUGCGGCGCCGGGGCCAAGUGGUGCGCCCACGUCGUGGCACUCUGCCUCUUCCGCAUCCACAAUGCAUCUGCAGUGUGCUUACGAGCACCUGUUUCUGAGUCUUUGUCUCGGCUACAAAGAGACCAGUUGCAAAAAUUUGCUCAGUACCUAAUCAGUGAGCUUCCACAACAGAUUCUUCCAACUGCUCAGCGCUUGCUGGACGAGCUGUUAUCUUCCCAGUCUACUGCCAUCAACACAGUGUGUGGAGCCCCAGAUCCCACUGCUGGACCCUCUGCAUCAGAUCAAAGCACCUGGUACUUAGAUGAAUCUACUCUGAGUGACAACAUAAAGAAAACCCUUCAUAAAUUCUGUGGACCCUCUCCUGUUGUUUUCAGUGAUGUGAAUUCAAUGUAUCUGUCUUCCACUGAGCCACCAGCUGCUGCUGAGUGGGCUUGUCUGCUGCGUCCCCUGCGAGGAAGAGAACCUGAGGGAAUCUGGAACUUGCUUUCCAUUGUGCGGGAGAUGUUCAAGAGACGGGAUAGCAAUGCAGCUCCUUUGCUGGAGAUUCUGACUGAUCAGUGUCUCAACUAUGAACAGAUAACCGGCUGGUGGUACAGUGUGCGAACGUCUGCGUCACACAGCAGUGCCAGUGGGCACACAGGACGCAGCAAUGGCCAGUCAGAAGUAGCUGCUCAUGCUUGUGCAAGCAUGUGUGAUGAGAUGGUGGUACUCUGGAGGCUGGCUGUCCUUGACCCAACUAUUAGUCCGCAGAGGCGCAGGGACCUUUGCUCACAGCUCAGACAGUGGCAGCUGAAAGUCAUAGAUAAUGUUAAGAGAGGUCAGCACAAGAAAUCACUGGAGAAGCUCUUCCAAGGUUUCAAGCCAGCUGUAGAAGCCUGUUACUUCAGCUGGGAGGAGGCUUAUCCCAUUCCUGGGAUUACAUAUAGCAGCACUGACAAGAAGAACUCGUUCUGUUGGGUAAAGGCCAUCCAGCAGAGGAGCUGCCGCUUGCAGUGUGCAGAAGCUGCCUGUGAGGCUGGUAGAAGCCAUGGCCAGGAGCCCGGGGGACCAUGCCUGCAGCCCGGGGACAGGCUGCGGCCCUCUCCCCAGGAGCCAGCGGUUCGGCCAAAGGAACUUACUGGAAAGCGGAAAGUUGUCUCUGAAACACCACAGAGGGUUCUGAGGCGGCUCUCAGCAGAAGGGGACAAAGCUGUGUAUAAGAGUGCGGUGGGCAAAGCAAAGUUGCCAGUGAGCAAAGGCUUGGCCAGUAAACAUAGUGGGAAACGCCGCAUGAGCAGUGAGGACAGCUCUCUGGAGCCAGACUUGGCAGAAAUGAGCCUGGAUGACAGCAGCCUGGCGCUGGGGGCAGAAGCCAGCAACACCUUUAGUUUUACAGAAAGUCCACUGAGCAGGAACUAUAGGGAUGCCUUUGAGGAGGAUGGUGGGGUGUACUUCUCUGAGGGACCUGAACCCACUGUCAGGAGCAGUUCCAUGGCCAAGAAAUCCCCCAAGGAUCCCAUGGGGGAGAUGGGUAGCGGCGAUGAUGACCUGCCUUCUGUGGAUGAGAACUCCGGUGGUGUGAGUCUGAAACCAGAAGAGGUGGGAGASAAUGGUGCAGCAGGGGGAGGGGAUGAUGGAGAAGAAGAGGAAGAUGAUUACCAGGUGUACUAUCUGAAUCCACAAGAGGUAGCCAAGGAAGAUGAUGAUAAAGCUGAAGGGGGAAUUGAAGAGGAACAGGAUAUGUUUGCUGGUAUAAAGCCUCUGGAACAGGAGAACCGGAUGGAGAUUCUGUUUGCCUGUGCAGAGGCCCUUUAUGCACAUGGAUACAGUAGCGAGGCUUGYCGCUUGACUGUAGAGCUUGCCAGGGACCUACUGGCCAACCCUCCAGAUCUCAAAGUGGAGCAGCCACCAGCUAAGGGCAAAAAGAACAAGGUAUCAACCAGCAAGCAGACAUGGGUGGCAACCAACACCUUGUCUAAAGCUGCCUUCUUGCUGACUGUGUUGAGUGAGCGGCUGGAGUACCACAACCUGGCCUUCCGAAUAGGAAUGUUUGCUCUGGAGCUGCAGAGACCACCUGCCUCYACCAAGGCUCUUGAGGUGAAGCUGGCUUAUCAGGAAUCUGAGAUUGCAGCCCUCUUGAAGAAGAUUCCCUUGGGCACCAAUGAGAUGAACACUAUUCGAGGAAGAGCUGAAGAACUGCGAGAAGGGACGUUGUGUGAUUACCGUCCUGUCCUGCCUCUGAUGUUGGCAAGCUUUAUAUUUGAUGUCCUUUGCACUCCAGUGCUUUCUCCUACAGGCUCUAGACCCCCAAGCCGUAAUUGGAAUAAUGAAAUGCCUGGAGACGAAGAGCUUGGUUUUGAGGCAGCUGUUGCUGCUCUUGGUAUGAAAACAACUGUCAGUGAAGCAGAACAUCCUCUGUUGUGUGAAGGCACACGAAGGGAGAAAGGGGAACUGGCAUUAUCCCUGAUGAGUACUUACAAGGAUGAUCAGUCUAAGCUGAAGAAGAUUUUAGACAAACUUCUGGACAGAGAGAGUCAAACUCACAAACCACAAACUCUGAGUUCUUUCUACUCAUCCAGCAAGCCUACAGUUGCAAAUCAAAAAUCGCCUUCCAAACAUGCUGCCCAGUCUGCUGCAGCUAUCCAGCAGCUUCCAGGGACUUCUGUCACUCAGCAAACUGCUGUAAACACUGCAGUCCAAAGCAGUCCUGAGAACUUCGUGGAGAAGAAUGCACAGGAGAGCUCUCAGAGGUCCCCCUGUGAGCCAGCUGCGGAGGCCACUGUUUUGAAACAAGAAGGAAAGGUCCCCAGUCGUUUGGCCCUUGGAAACCGAGGUGGAUACAAUGGGAGAUGCUGGGGUUCACCUGUCAGGCAGAAGAAGAAGCACACAGGCAUGGCUAGUAUUGACAGCAGUGCUCCUGAAACCACCUCUGACAGUUCUCCGACGCUCAGUCGGCGUCCCCUACGUGGAGGCUGGGCAACAACAUCCUGGGGCAGAGGACAGGACAGUGACAGCAUCAGCAGUUCUUCAAGUGAUUCGCUGGGAUCUUCGUCUUCCAGUGGCAGUAGGAGAGCCAGUGGGGGAGCCCGUGCAAAGACUGUGGAAGUUGGCAGGUAUAAAGGGAGGCGACUGGAAAGCCAUGCUCCUCAUGUUCCAAACCAGCCCUCAGAAGCAGCUGCUCACUUCUACUUUGAAUUGGCCAAGACAGUCCUUAUCAAAGCAGGUGGAAACAGCAGUACCUCUAUCUUCACCCACCCUUCCUCCAGUGGUGGGCACCAGGGACCACACCGCAACCUUCACCUCUGCGCCUUUGAGAUUGGGCUGUAUGCACUGGGGCUGCACAACUUCGUGUCUCCCAACUGGCUCUCUCGAACUUACUCCUCCCAUGUCUCUUGGAUCACAGGGCAGGCCAUGGAGAUUGGUAGUGCAGCCUUGAACAUCUUGGUGGAGUGUUGGGAUGGACAUCUAACACCCCCAGAGGUGGCAUCACUGGCAGACAGAGCUUCACGGGCCAGAGACUCCAACAUGGUGCGGGCAGCUGCUGAACUGGCGCUCAGCUGCCUGCCUCAUGCCCAUGCCCUGAACCCAAAUGAGAUCCAGAGGGCUCUGGUGCAGUGUAAGGAACAGGACAACCUGAUGCUGGAAAAGGCCUGCAUGGCAGUAGAAGAGGCAGCCAAAGGAGGCGGUGUGUACCCAGAAGUCCUCUUUGAAGUAGCUCAUCAGUGGUACUGGCUCUAUGAACAGACUGUUGGUGGCACCCCAGCCCAGAGAGAAGGUGCCACUGGCUGCAGCGCUAGCGGCGCACGGGCCGCGUCAGAAGCGGCGCGGGGGUUGGCAGACAGCCGGGUGACCUCGGAGCCCACCACRGUGACAGUGGCAGCUGCAGUGACUGCGGCAGCAACCGUCAUGCCAGUGAUCUCUGUGGGGUCCACCAUGUACCAGCAGCACACGGUGGCAGGGCCAGCAAUGGCACAUACACACACGCAGGGUCUCCACCCUUACACCACCCUUCAGACUCACAUCCCCUGUAACCCCCAGUAUAUCGGACACACUAUCCAGCACAUGCCGCGCCCAGCUGUCUUCCCRGUCCCUGGCUCGGCGUAUCCCCAGGGUGUCCAUCCAGCAUUCAUCGGGGCGCAGUACCCUUACUCAGUAACAACACCGUCGUUGGCAGCUACAGCAGUGUCCUUCCCUGGYGUGCCCGUCCCCUCCAUGACGCAGAUUGCUGUGCAUCCCUAUCACAGUGAGACGGGACUAUCGCUGUCUUCCAAUGUAGCGCUAGGCAGUGUCCAUGCAGGAUCAACGUUCCCAGCGAUUCAGGGUGCUUCCUUGACAACUCUGUCCUCACAGCCCAACUCCCUUGUUACAGGGGGUUUUCCUGCUGAGGAUGAGCAGCACAGUCAGCCUGUGAGCCCCCAGGGUCUGCACUACCUCCACUCUGCAUACCGAGUUGGGAUGCUGGCUCUGGAGAUGCUUGGCCGAAGAGCUCACAACGACCAUCCCAACAACUUCUCCCGCAGCCCGCCCUACACUGAGGAUGUAAAAUGGCUCCUUGGGUUAGCUGCAAAGUUAGGUGUAAACUAUGUGCAUCAGUUUUGUGUUGGUGCAGCCAAGGGGGUGCUGAGCCCUUUUGUGCUCCAGGAGAUCAUCAUGGAAGCUCUACAGAGGCUCAACCCUGCCCAUGUGCACAACCAUCUCCGCACCCCAGCCUUCCACCAGCUGGUGCAGAGGUGCCAGCAGGCCUAUAUGCAGUACAUCCAUCAUCGGCUSAUCCAUCUCACUCCAGCUGACUACGAUGACUUUGUGAAUGCCAUCCGCAGCGCCAGAAGCGCCUUCUGCCUGACUCCCAUGGGCAUGAUGCAGUUUAAUGAUAUUCUCCAGAACCUAAAGCGCAGCAAGCAGACAAAGGAGCUGUGGCAAAGGGUCUCUCUGGAAAUGACCACCUUCUCACCAUGACAUCGGGUGGAGCUCCACGGACACACAACCCUUUGCCCAACAUAGUUGUAGUUCCAUUUACACCAUCCUUCCUUCUGGUGUCUUUUUUAUUUUAGUUUUAACUUGUUGGAAACCACUGAUCUGAUGUAUUUAUACCAUGACAUUCCUCUCCAGCACUGUUGCGUGUUGGCGCUCUGCUUUGCUCGCUCUUCCUCCUCCUUCUCAGUGGGCUGCAGGCUUCAGAAGCAUCAGGAAAUGAGAAGGAAGUUGAGCUGGCUGCCCUGUGGUGUAGUCACCGCUUUUUUCCCUGAGCCCCGGGAGGCUGUCCUGCGAGCAGUUUGCAGUGUGAUUACGCACAUGUUAGAGGGGUUGGGGAUUCUGUCUUAAAUAUUUAUUUUGGCAUUUAUAAAUAUGUAAACUUUUUUUUUUGUAUGGGCUUCUCUUACUCCACACACCAUCUCCUUUUGGGAAUGGCUGGAACUGCUGUGCACAGCGAGUGCUCCCUCCAUCCCUUUCAGCAACUCCUGGUGAGAGAAGCUGAGACUGGAGUAGCCAGGGCCAGGGCCACCUCUGCAGCUUUCUGCAGCAGCUGAGGGCAGAGGCUGGAGCCUGGGCAGUCAGUCCUUGACUGUACUGAGCUGCCUGGAGACUGCCAGAAGUGGUUGGGUUCCUUCUCAGGAGUGUCCCCGCUGGGCACUGCUGGCCCAUAGAAUGUUUUGAUCCUGGUUGUUACAAGUUGUACAAUCCUGUUUCUUUUGGCUGGGGUAUUACUCUCCUGUAAUCAGUUUCUUAUCCCUCCUCUCUUCUCGUUUCCUGAUUAAACACUCGUUUUCUUAGACUGACUCUCUCUUCUCUCUGCUCUGAUGUUGGCAGUCUGAAGGAGCUGGCCAGCUGUGUGUCAGUGGGAGCUCCUUUGAGCCCUCGCUGUGGUGCACUGGGGAGAAGCAAUCCAGCACAAGCUGGGAGCCCAAGGUUUCUUGCCUGGUACUGCACUGAGAAUGAUGUGCCUCUGCAGAGGCUGAGGUCUGUGUUUGGUGGGUGUGGGGAGAGUUGGUGGUAAGCCUGGGAUGCUCUGCCUAUGGUUCAGUCACUAGGUUCCUUUUCUAUGCGAGCCUUGUAUGCCCCAAGUAUUGUGCAGAACAGCAGCUGCUCCCAUGUAUUUAGUGAGGUAUUUGGUGGAGUAUGAAGGAUAUCCAGUAGGGACAGCACUGCGAUAAAUUAAGUUUAGAUAGCCUAAGUGUAUAAGCACAUAAAUUUCAGGGCAUUUAGAAGCAGACAUCAGAUGACUCAUGUAUGUUAAGAAUCCAGUUUCUCAGUAUAAAUGUAUUUUGCUUCUUACUUGGGCUUAAUCAAUGAGUUUUAGUUUCUGCAAGUUAGAAAUAUGUGCCUGUUUGUUAUUUUCAAUGAUACUCUUAAAAAGUAAAGUAAUUCAUAGGCACAGGGCAAAACAGAUGAACAGAUGCUUUUGGUCUGGUACGGUCCAGAGUAUGACUGAGGUUCCUCUACUUCUGAUUGUCUAACAGUAACUAUUUAAAGAUAUUCUUAUGGUCCCUUCUUCUGGAUUUGACUGGAGAGCACAGCCUGAUGUGUGGAAGGUUUGGGUUCCUGGAACGCUUUCUGUGCGGGUUCUUGCAUGUGCAGAACUGUGAAACGAGAACUGUGAAACGAGCUUAGAGAAAAAUGAGUUGUCUAAUGGUCUGAUUUUUUCUAAUGCUAUAGGAGAAAAUCUGUGGAAGAGAAGGGAGCAUGUUUUGGAAGGAAAGAAGUAGAAGGGAAACAGGUAAAAGAGCUGAAUACAAAGUAUUGGGAGCAGAAAUGAYUUGUUGCAUUAAGGAUUUGGAUUGGUAGGAAAAUGAAAUAUCAGAGACUCAUCUGUGAUAUCGAUUAGAAAACUACACUUAGACCCUGAGCAGGCAACUUUUCAGACCACUGUGUCUGUUAAUUAGUUGUUUAUGAGCCAUGUCCUAUGACAUAUGGGCAAGGACAGAAGAAAGUGAGAAAAGCAAURAUGAUAUUUUUUUCUUGCCACGUGGCUGGGAGGUUAUUGAGGUAUUUUUCCUUUAUAAGAGAUGGGAUGAGCCCUGAUGGCCCCAGAAGCAUUAAUCUCCCGUUAAAACAGAACAAUUAUUACCCACUGCAGUCUUGUUAAUUUGGCCACUGUUCAGGAGUUGAAAAAUAUAUAGGCUUAGGCCUUCUGAAAAGACAUCUCAGYAGAUUGCCUGAAAAAGAGGUUGCAGGCAGCUCAAAUUUCCUUUGAUUUUCAAUUAACCGGUGUGUUUUUCACUUGGAGUAAAUGUUCUCCAGGACUUUGCCAGCAACACAUGAAGUGUCUCCUUCUCUGGACAUGUUUACCUGUUACCAUCUUUUUUGCCUGUGAAAAUUUUCUUCUGGGUGCACUUUACAGGAAUGUGAGUUAGCAGUAUUUGCCUUUGGAUUUCAGUAUCUUUACAGCCAAUGAACAAGGUGAGUGGGUGCUGUCCUGUAAUGAAGUAAUGCACCUGGCAACAGUAUGGCUGGAAUUAGCUGGAAAGACUGCUUCUGUCUAGUUUUGUUUACAGUCCUUAUUACAGUCCUUACUAGUUAUUUGGGAUUUGUAUUUUUCUUUUUUGGAGAGCCCUUUCAGAAACAGCCUUCUGGAGAGUUGUUGAAACUAAACUUGUUAAAUUUUUUGCUUGGGUUUGGUUUUUAUCAAGUCUGGAACUGUGGUAUUUUGGAGCAGAAUACAGCUUUUACUUUCCCAGCUUAUUUAAUACCAGCUUGGCUACAGCUACACCUAGCUGGAGUGCUCUUACAAACCCCAGUCAGUGGAAAUGGAGUAAACACUGAAGUGCCCAUGAAGUUCUUCUCCACCCCCUGGUCAAGGCUGUCAGCUGUAACAACAUGGCAUAAGUUUAAAGCAGUUUUCUGUAAGAGGUGGGAAAGUUGUAGUUUUCUUACCUAGAUAUUAAGAGAGAGGCAGGAUAUAAAAAUGAAUUUUUCAGGAUCUAACUGGGAAGAGAAUAUGCCAAAAGAGUGUUCUCACAGUCUGCUGUGACUGACCUUUUUUUUUCCCCUCUCAGCUAAGGUGCAGAAAAUAAUGGUCAACUUGGGCCAUCAGGACUUCUCACMAUUUUUUCACUAUGGCUGUUGUAUGACUUUGCUUUUAAGCCCUCCUUUGCUUUCAAGCUGUUUUAAGCCAUCGAUUGAAUGGCUCUCCAUUACAGUUUAUUUAAAAUACUUUGUGUUUUCUCCUCCUUGCCUGAAUGUAAGUGCCAUUGAAUGAUUAAGGUGAAGGCAGGGUCUUUUGGUUGGUGUGUUUUUUUGAACUGCUUUUCUUGCCCCCAGAGUAAUUCAGAUGUGGCUUUUGACUCAUUUCUGUUUGYUGUUUCCAUUUUAAGGGUAUUUGCACUCAGGGCAGGGUGAUGGAGACACCACUUCCAAAGUAGCAUCAAUCUGUGGAAGCUGCAAGGGCAGCUUGGGGCUGUUCAGGGUGAGGGUUUUCAUCUGCGCCUAGGAUGAGUGAGUGCUUUUCCUGAGGGCCCCGUGCAGAUGAAACUGUGCGUACUGGCAGGARCUGCCAUUACUGAAGUGUUUCUGCUCAUUGUAAACACUGACUUUGCUCUGUGAACAAGUGACUUUUUAUUUUGCUGGCAUAGUCUGCUUGCAGUUACAGUAUUCGUAAGUACUUAGUGCUGUCCAGGCUGCAGUGCAAAAUUCCUUUGUUGUCAUGAAGGGGAUGUGAGUUGCAAGAAGUGGAAUAUAGUGGAAAUGCAUUAAAUCUAGGACGUAUCUAAUAUAUGGAUAGAGCAUGCAUUGUAAACAGGGCCUGGGUUCCUCACAUUUCCUUCCAUGUCAUACAUUACAGUCUCAUUUAAAUCAGCAAGGAGCUUUUUCUGUAAGUCCUGAAAAGCAUCUUUUCCAAUGAUCUGAGGGGUUGUGAUGCUGCCUGAUUUGUGAUCCUGUUACUGUAAAUGACAUCAACAUGAGGUGGAUUCUGACUGCUGGGAUGGYGUCACAACUGUGGACCUGCUGGUUUACAAGAAUUUUGGAGAGACGCGAGAGCUGACAAAGCUGUGGAGAUGAUAAAGGUGAGAAACCAAGUCCUGGAAGAAAACAAUGCUUUAAAGCUAAAAAUAAAUUAUUUCUUUCUACACAGCUCAGUGGAGAUGAGUGCCAGGAAUACUUUUUUGUAGCAAAACCAGCCUGCAAAGUGUUUCAGAGGUGACUAUUACUUUGUUGUGUUUUUUAACCCCCUCAAGCCUUUAAGAAAAACUGCAGGUAAAGCGCUGAUGAAUGGAGGAGGUACCAGUUCAUGUUCUCCAUCCAYGUUCUCCUGUGUGAUGGUGCAUGGGAUUCCUGGCUUGAGUCAGCCUGAAAACACUUGUAUGUAUUGGUUUUUACUGUCUUGGUAUCUUGCAUGCAAUUGCACUGUGUCAGCCAGGAACCCUCAGGACUCAGUGAGGGGGCUUAUCAUUUUCCUUGUCUUAGAAGUGAACUGCUUACUAUGAACUUCUGCUACAAACCAGU